CCAGCGGAGCGCGCUGGCCGGCGCCUGUCCCCCCCGCGCCGCUGAGGUGCGGGGCGGCCAUGGAGAGCCCCGGCGAGAACCCCAGCAAGGCGGCCGAGUACCUGAAGGAGCUGAACAAGAUUAUCGAGACGCAGCAGGAGCUGCUGGAGAAGCAGAAGCGGAGGAUAGACGAGCUGGAGCAGCAAGUGGCCAAGUUGUACCACGAAAAUGCCUGCCUUCAGGACGAGCAUCACCGGCACCUGGCCACAUGCCGGCUCCAGCAGGGUAUCCCUCCUGCGCCCCCGGGGGUGCUGAGCGCCAUCCAGGAAAACGCCAGGCACGAGAAGUAUGAAGGUGACAGCUCAAGAAGCCUCAGGUCUUUAAAUACUCUGCACCAGUUUUGCUGUCCAGCUCCAUUGUACCAUUCCCAGCUAGCUGUCCCUGCCACACACUCAGAGUACAGUGAGCCCUGUGAAAACAAAAUGAUAAUGCAAAGGAUGUUAUAGUGCCAAAGAAAUACCAUCAUUUUCUUGCAGUCUCUGCCUGCUUAAUGUUUAAUCAGCACCUCUGGGAGGGAAGAUAAUGUCCUGCACCAGUUCUGCUGUCCACCUUCGGGGUCUAGUAGCCCAUCCUCAAGAUGACAGCGAAGCUGGGGGUCGCUGGGUGCAGUCAGUGCUCCACCUCUCCAGCCCAUCUCUCCUCCCUUUCUGGUGUGCAUGAACUGGCACUGCACAGAUGCCGUGGGAUCCCCGUGCUACCAGUUUGAGUAAUGCCUCCUCUCCAGGUCUCCCCCAGCUCUCUCCUCCUGCCCAGUGCUGAGAACACAAUGCCAGCUGUACACAGAUUCCUGAAGUGCACAGUUUAUUUUGAAC